ACAUUAGAGAGCUCCAUUCGUUGAGCGCCAUUUUCAGGAACCGCCCUGCUAUGUGUAACAGCACAAUUUGCCUCUUGUACAGUCGAUAUCAUAAUGGCGACUGGAAAAUCAAUCGAUUCAACUCUGAAAAGGAUAAGCAAGAAUCACUUGGAAUGCAGCAUUUGCCAGGAGCGAUACGACCGGCCCAAGAUACUACCAUGCCUCCACAGUUUUUGCGAGAAAUGUCUGAAUGAAUACUGGACGAGCAGGCAUCGUGGCGUGCCGAAAAUUCCUUGUCCAGUGUGCCGUCAAGAAACAGUACUACCAGAGAAGGGCGUGUCCGGCCUCAAAACGAACUUUUUCAUUACGAGUCUGAUGGAAGACGUCACACUACAAGAUCAAGUGGCAGAUGACACGCACGCACUGACGUGCGACACUUGCGACACAGGCGAGGCGACCCACCGCUGCCUGGACUGUUCAAAGAACAUCUGUGCUGGCUGCUUGCGGUGUCACAAGCAGUUCCCAGAUUUACUGCACCACACGGUCGCUUCUCUGGAGGACAUCCGGCAGGGGAAAGUCACGGCCAAAAAGACAAAACGAGAGGGUUAUUCUGAGUGUGAGAAGCAUGCGGGAGAGAUGAGGCGAUUCUUCUGCAAAAGGUGCGAAGAGUUGAUUUGCAGAGAUUGCACGGUGAUAGACCAUCCUAAAAACGAAGGACACGAGUAUGAUGACUUGAAGGCUGCUUCCUCCAAGUUGCGUCAGGUGUUCACAGACCUCCUGCCCAGAUUGACUGGAAGGGAAAAACUGCUCCAAGACGCCCUAACAUUUGUUCAGAAAGUGAAAGAAAAGCUUGAAAACAAUGCCUCAAGGGCGAUGCAGAAGGUAAGAGACACCGCUGCUACUAUGAAAGCUGAAAUCGACGCCGAGGUGGAUGGGAUUAUGGAUGAAAUAGAAAAUGUCAUAUCAAAUCGAAACGCGGUAAUUGACGGCAUGGAAAAAGACGCCCAAACACUGUUGUCUAGGAGUAAGCAUUCCCAUGAGCUCGCGCGGGACAUCACGAGCCACUCAUCAGACAGUGAUUUUCUUUCCCUGUAUCCUGAAAUCAAGCGAAAUUUGCAGGCCCUCGGUACUGCUAGUCCUCCAAAGGUUGAUCAAGAGCUUUCCGCACUCACGGUCAUUUUAAGGCCCGUUAACUUCAGGGGUUUAUGGCAACUGCAGCUUAAGGAAUGCCAGUUUCCAGUUCGUCGGGAAAACAGAAUUGUCACACAACCACGUCCCUAGCGGAAUAUUGACACGGAUUAGGUAUAGGUCUGAAUGGAUUUUUUUCAAUCUUUAUUUUCUUGCAUUGAUACAUGGGCGUCAAUCAGUGGGGAACGGGGGGGGGGCGUGUCCCCCUACACUUUCCAAAUGGGGGGAAUUGUUGUCCCCCACACUUGUUUCGAAACCUAAAUGAAAAGGUAUACUUAUUUGAUCCUGUAUCUCAGACAAGCUCAUUAAAUGGCCCCUAACAUAAUACAUACACAUGUAAGAAGAAAAAAUUACCUGAAAAAUUAAACAAAUGUUGCCAAAGCAUUUGUUACGCCUGCAUGGCUAAAGUAGCCAGAAGUUGUCUCAGAUCACACCGCAGAGCAUCUACACUCCAAAAGUUUCGGGGGCCUUUGAGCGGGCCCCGGACCCCAUGCCGCUCAAGGCUUGGCGCUUCGCGCUUGCAUUUGUUCUGAUCAGGGCUAUGACCCCCCCCCAUUUUCAAAACGGAUUGACGCCUUGCAUUGAUAGCUGUGAAUUGCUUUGAGAUAAUGGCAUUUAAUACGUAUGGAAGCAAUUCAUAUAAAUAUUUAUAAAUCGAUUAGUACUUGUAAAGGUAUCAUUGAUAAACUUUCGGAUGGAAAUUUGAAAUUCCAUAAAUUGAAAUAAUUGAAAUCUUUGUGAAUACAGUUAAGAGUCAACAAAUAUAUGUACAUAAACAAGUGACUUUGACCGUAGCCUAAAAGGAAAAACAGAGCAACACAAAUACCUAACUCUCAGUGAUUGUACCUGCUGAAAAGCAAUCAACAGAGAGUUGAUUAUAAUCCAAGCUUGCUUAGCAAAUCAUCUUUAUGCUUGUCAAAUUUCUAUGAUUAUUUCUGCUGUAUGAAUUUUGGCAAAUGAGGCCACGUUACUUGUAUAAGUGCAUUUAGCUCGUUUGUCCGCCAACUGUACACUGCCAUACUGUGAUCUAACUUUGAUAAUGGCCUUGUUAAGCAACGAUUUUAAAUGCUUAGACUGAACCUAUAAGAGUUAUUAAUGUACAAUCUUAAUCAUUAGGUUGGCUUUCUGUGCGUUCAUAUCUGUAAAUUUCAAAAUAUAAAAAGUUUGUGUAUAUUAAAGUUUAUGUUUUUUAUCAGCAGCUUUCAAUACAAAAACUUCUAAGAAGAUUAUUUACCCAUUAAAAUUUCUCUGCUCUCUACGAGCUUGCAAACACUGGAUGCAUACUCCUUAACUUUUUGCGACCUUCAUCCUUACCUCAUUUCCAUAAACGUAUUUUCCACUUAUUUUGCACAUUAAUUUAGUGUGAUUUGAGGGCUGUGAAUGAGCAAUACCAUAGGCGGUAGAUAUUGUCCAUGAUUCAGGGCUUCAGUCGGAAACAAAAAUGAGCACUGUGAACCUUGCAUAAGACCGUACAUGUAUUUUGAAUUUGUAGGAGUUGCUUCGAGCAAAUGGGCCUGUUCCAAAGGGCUAUUAAUGGGGGAAGGGGGUGUCUGCCUCUUGCAGGAUGUCUGACAUUGGUAACCGUAAGAUCCAGGUAUCUUCUCUGGUUUUCACUUGAGCUUGUUUGGAAAUAACGAUGGAAGUAUUUCUUGGAUUUUCUCA